AUGACCGCUAAAAUUGUGAAUAAAGUGGAACGCGUCUCCGAGAAAAAAUGCAAGAACUUCGAUUACGGGAACACUUUCCUCAACGGGUUGACCAAAACGCGUAUCGAUCAGAAGCUCUUUGACUUUUCUUCGGAUGUGGAUGGGGAACUAAUCCACGUACAUGAACUUGCACUCGCGUUUGCCUCUGAUUACUUCGCCGCGAUGUUUGACGCUAAAAUGAAGGAGAGGAGGGAAGGGACUGUUAAGUUGCAGGAUGUGGACGUAGUUGCUGUCAGGGCAAUGUUUGACUAUAUCUACAGCGGGACCAUCACGCUUACAGAAG